GUCAGACCCUCUGGUUGUCGUUUCCUCCUCUCUAGAUGUCGUUGUGUUAACUGGCUGCUGUGUGAACUUGUUCUGUAAAGUCGACGAGACGACCUCGCCUGGUGACAUGAGAGAGACGCCAUGAUGAGACGACCUCGCCUGGUGACAUGAGAGAGACGCCAUGAUGAGACGACCUCGCCUGGUGACAUGAGAGAGACGCCAUUCUGCCCGUUGGAGGUUAUUGUUGUGUUACAGAGCGUUGCUGUAACACAUCUGAUACUGCCUGUCUCUCUACCUGUCUCUCUCUCUCACUGACAGGAAGUGGGUGACUGAGUUCAGGUGAGGUCUUGGUGGGUUGGGCUUAGCCCCCUAAGCCACCAUAUGAUUGGCUGUUGGUGAUGAUCGCAACCGGUGGCCUCCUGCGGAUCAACGCACGACGACAAGAUUCACUGAAAAACAAAUCACAAAAAGAACACACACACAAGAAGAAGAAAAAGAAGAGGAGGAGUGAGGUGGUCGUGGUGAAGGGGAAGUUGAAGGUCUUUUCAGUCUCUGGUCUGGUGGCGGCUCUCGGCAUACUGGUUCUGUUGGUGGGUGUCGUCAUGGCCGCCCUGGGUUACUGGCCUCGAGAAGGACUGUUCCUCAGCGCACGGCCACAAGAGGGCGCUGCCAUGGCAUCAGUGUCUACCAGCAGGGCACCUGUAGACGUCCAGGGGGGGGAGAGGGGGGAGGACGAAGCUGAGACUGUCUACAGAGGGGGAGGAGUCGACAGAGGGGGAGGAGGAGGGGAUGAAGAUGGAGGAGUGGGGGUUGGUUAUAAUCAAACAGAAAAACUCAACGGGACAUCUGGACAUCGCCCACAAGGCUUCCUGGAGGAUUUCCUGGACAGGUAUCUGUACUCUGAUAGGCUGAAGGUCUUAGGCCCUCUCAUCAUGGGCAUCGGUAUCUUCCUUUUCAUCUGUGCGAACGCCGUCCUGCACGAGAACCGCGACAAGAAGACCAAAGUUAUCAACCUUCGGGACAUUUACUCGACCGUCAUCGACCUCCACAGCCUCCGCAAACCCAAUGCCUCCUCUGGCUCCUCCCACAAUCCCCUCAAUGGCCUCAUUAACUACGUCCAAUCAAAGAGCCUGGAGACCAAGCCUCGACAAUACCCAGCCUCUUUGAUGAACAGGAGGGAGGGAGGGGGAGGAGGGGAGGGGGGCAGGGCCUAUGGUACAGAGGGAGGAGACUCAGUGUUCAGUAUCUACCAGGAGGAGGAAGUUCCUGUUCCCCCUCCCUCCUCUGACAGACUCUCCCUCCCCCCAAGCUUCAGCCCCCCCCUAUCUUCCACCUACUGGACCUCCUUUCAGAAGGAGGCACUCAGCUCCUUCACCCUCCCCCUCCGCCACCCACGCCCUUCCCCCUCCCACAGGAGGCACUCAGCUAGGACAGGGAUGGGCGGGGCUAGCGACACAGGGGGGAAAAAGGAGCAGAGGAUGGAGGAGGGAGGCCACAGAGGGGAGGUGGAGGAGAUGUUUUUGCAUCCACCACAUCCUCUGUGCGCCUCCACUCCCCCCCCGCUGAGACCCGGUCAGGGAUCAUCUGGACUUUCCUGCAGCUCCUCCAGUCUCAACAGGGGGCCACCAGGAGGCUCCCAGGCCAUGCUUCUCCUCUCCUGCUCCUCCCUCACCCCCUCCCACCUUUCCCUAUCAUCUCUGUCUCAUCUCCUCUCCUCUUACUCCUCCACACUAGUCCCACCCUGCAGGAGGCGGAGCCUCCCGAGCAGCAGUGCCGCAGGUUACAGCAAACUGACAAAAGGAGAAGAUGAAUCGUUUGAGUCAACUGAGAUGACAUCAUUACAUUUUAUGAAAUCACAAGAGGGGGGUCAAUGGUCAGGAGAAGUGACAUCACACAGGGAGAAGCUCAGGAUGAUCUCGCAGGCCGACGACCAAUCAGGAGUCAGAGAAGCACAAGUCGGAGGUCAAGUUUGAUGACAUCAUCAUCCAAUAAGAAGGAACUGUUAUUUUGGAUAUAAAAUGUAUUUCCAUUUUAAUAACCUGAUUUGACUAGGAUUAAUUUGUUAACUCCAAAGAUUAACUCAUGGACUAGGAGUAUUAACUCGUUGAUUUGGAGGAUUAACUCGUUGACUUGGAAGAUUAACUCGUUGAUUUGGAGGAUUAACUCGUUGAUUUGGAGGAUUAACUCGUUGACUUGGAAGAUUAACUCGUUGAUUUGGAGGAUUAACUCGUUGACUUGGAAGAUUAACUCGUUGACUUGGAGGAUUAACUCAUUGACUUGGAAGAUUAACUCGUUGAUUUGGAAGAUUAACUCGUUGACUUGGAGGAUUAACUCAUUGACUUGGAAGAUUAACUCGUUGACUAGGAAGAUUAACUCGUUGACUAGGAGGAUUAACUCGUAGGAGGAACUGUCAGUUCUUAGCUCAGCUGACUGAGUAACAAAGAGAAUAUCAAACUUCAUAUUUACUGCAAAUGUUUUUCUAUCAAAUGUUUGAUCAGCUGACGUUUGAUCAACAGUUGAUGUUUGGGGUUUGGCGACUCGAUGCGUCUGUAUGGCGUUCAGUGUUUGAUGAACUGCUCAUGUGAAAUAAACUGUGGCGUGAUCGGACACUGUGAGUCGAGUGUACAGUUUCCAUCCUGAGUCGUCAGUAUUUAGAACAUCCAACAGUUUGAGUCAGAAGCCUGUAGACUCUGGAUUCUCUGUUGUUGAUCAAACAGGAAGUAUUUAGUUUCAAACAAACUCAUGUUUGAUGACCUGCAAUCAAUUCGACAACAGUCAUGUUACGAAGAGCCUGAUGUAUAGAGAAGAGUUUAAUCUGCAUAAAGAUAAACAUCUCAGCUCAAGAGUGGAGAUCUGUGGAGAAUAAAAGAGGACUAAGAAUAGAGCCCUGAGGAACACCUGGAGAAUUUGGAGAACGUCCAUGUAGUCCUGUACUGUAAUACAGUACAUCAUGUCUGUUGGAUUUUUAUUUAUUUAAAUGAUUUGAUAAAUGGAUGUUAUGCCCCUCCCCCUAGAGGCUUCAACAAGUAACCACUAGUUCAAAGACAACUCUGAUGGAAUCCUUGAUCUUGAUAAUCACACUUACAAUAUAUCAACUAACGCUCUAAAUCUGUAUUCUAACUGUGAUUUCAGGAGUUUUUUUUUUAAAAGAACAGUGCAUAUAAGAGGGCUAAAUAAGUUCAUCAUUUGUACCUGUGAAUGUCACCUGUGACCUCAGAAUGCGUCAAACACCUGUUCAGUUUAAUAUUUGAGCCAUAACUUCCAUCAGCAUGUAACAAAACUAUAACUAGAGGUUUAAACUCAAAGUAUUUUAUUUUAAAAUUCUCCUGAGGGAAAGUUUUCCUUCACAACGUCUUCCACCUAAACUGAACCAGGAUCAACCCAACACUACAACGUCCAAUCAGAUGAAGUUUCUAAUAGUUUGUCUGCUGUGUUUGACAUUUGACAUCAGAAAAUAAAAGGAAAGCACAAUGAG